AUGAUGCUGAAUAAAAGAACACAUAUUGAUGGGAAACCCUAUGAAAGUAACCAGUGUGGUAAAGCCUUCACACAUCACACUGAUCUUCAAAGGCAUAAAAGGAAUCAGAGUGGAGAGAAACCAUGCGAAUAUAAUCAAUGUGGUAAAGGCUUUUCACGACACAGUGAACUCCACAUACAUAGAAACACAUAUAGGGAAUGUAAUGCCGGUGAGAAAGUCUUUUCACAACAUGAAAAUCUCCACAUGCAUAGAAGAACACAUGCAGGAGAGAAACAAUACAAAUGUAAUCGAUGUGAUAAAGCCUUUGUAAAUUGCAGUAAUCUUCGAAGGCAUAAAAGACUUCAUACUGGAGAAAAACCCUUUGAAUGUAAUCAUUGUGGUAAAGCUUUUUCACAAUUCAGUCAUCUCCAGAACCAUAAAAGAACACAUACUGGAGAAAAACCCUACGAGUGUCUUCAGUGUGGUAAAGCCUUUUCAAACCCCAGUAGUCUUCAAAUGCACAAAAGAACACAUACUGGUAGUCUCCAGGUGCAUAAAAGAAUACAUACUGGAGACAAAUGCUACAAAUGUAAUCAAUGUGGGAAAGCCUUUUCCCAACACGGAAAUCUCCAAGUGCAUAAAAGAACACAUACUGGAGAAAAACCCUAUGAAUGUCAUCAAUGUGGUAGAGCCUUUUCAAACAGCAGUAGUCUCCAAAUGCAUAAAAGAACACAUACUGGAGAGAAACCCUACGAAUGUCUUCAGUGUGGGAAAGCUUUUUCACAUCCCAGUAGUCUCCAGAAGCAUAAAAAAACACAUACUGGAGAGAAACAGUAUGACUGUAAUCAGUGUGGGAAAGCCUUUUCCCAACACGGAAAUCUCCAAAGGCAUAAAAGA